AUUUAUCUUACAGGCGGCGGAGGAGAUGGCAGCCUCGCUGGAAACGCGCGGGGGAGCCUGAGCAGGCUGCCGGGGACGCACAGCGCGCUCGUUCGCCACGCCGCCGCGCAGACCCUCCAUCUUCCUGCCCAGCCUCCUGGCCCUGCUCUGCCCUGUCUUGGGGGUCGGCUUCUCUCUAGGGCUCCUGCCCUUCCCCACCAUCCCCCCUGGGCCUCCGCGGAUCCCCAGCCCGGUCCCCCUCCCCCGCCACACACGCUGACACGCGCGCGCGAACACACACACACACACACUGACACGCCAGCGAGCUGCUGGCCGCUCAAUGGACCGAUUUCCCUGCUUCCCCUGAUCUCAGCCCAGCCCGGGAUGAGAAAUUGCAAAAUGGCCCGGGUCGCCAGUGUGCUGGGACUGGUCAUGCUCAGCGUCGCCCUGCUGAUUUUAUCGCUCAUCAGCUACGUGUCCCUGAAAAAGGAGAACAUCUUCACCACUCCCAAGUACGCCAACCCAGGGGCGCCCCGAAUGUACAUGUUCCACGCGGGAUUCCGGUCACAAUUUGCGCUGAAGUUUCUAGAUCCGUCAUUUGUGCCCAUUACGAAUUCUCUGACCCACGAACUCCAAGAGAAACCUUCUAAGUGGACAUUUAAUCGGACAGCGUUUUUACAUCAAAGGCAAGAAAUUCUUCAGCAUGUCGAUGUAAUAAAAAAUUUUUCUUUGACCAAGAAUAGUGUUCGGAUUGGACAACUGAUGCACUAUGAUUAUUCCAGCCAUAAAUACGUUUUCUCUAUUAGCAAUAACUUCCGAUCACUGCUUCCAGACGUGUCACCCAUUGUGAAUAAGCAUUUUAAUAUUUGUGCUGUGGUUGGAAAUAGUGGGAUCCUGACAGGGAGCCGGUGUGGACAAGAAAUAGAUAAGUCAGAUUUUGUUUUCCGUUGCAAUUUCGCCCCUACGGAGGCUUUCCAAAGAGAUGUUGGAAGGAAAACCAACCUUACCACCUUCAACCCCAGCAUUCUGGAAAAAUAUUACAACAAUCUUUUGACCAUUCAGGACCGUAACAACUUUUUCCUCAGUUUAAAAAAGCUCGAUGGGGCCAUUCUUUGGAUCCCUGCGUUUUUCUUCCAUACUUCAGCAACUGUUACCAGGACAUUAGUUGACUUUUUUGUUGAACACAGAGGUCAGUUAAAGGUCCAAUUGGCUUGGCCUGGAAAUAUAAUGCAACAUGUCAACAGGUACUGGAAAAACAAACAUUUGUCACCCAAACGGCUGAGCACAGGCAUUCUUAUGUACACCCUGGCAUCAGCAAUAUGUGAAGAGAUCCACUUGUAUGGAUUUUGGCCUUUUGGAUUUGACCCCAACACAAGGGAAGAUCUUCCAUACCAUUACUAUGACAAAAAAGGAACCAAAUUUACCACCAAGUGGCAGGAGUCCCACCAGCUGCCUGCCGAGUUCCAGCUGCUGUACCGAAUGCAUGGGGAGGGGCUCACCAAGCUGACUCUGUCACACUGUGCCUAAGACUCGGAACAGCAAGUGCCAAACGGCCAUUUAAAAAGUGCCCCAAAUAAAAUGGAAUAGUCUUCAGAAUAGAACCCUAGAGAUUUCCUUAUAAAGAUUGUCUGCCAUUGAAAAGCAAAGAUGGCAUCUCUCCCUCCUUUUGCACUGCUCUUUUAAGGGUCUUGGCAAGACAAACGAGUUGAAGCCACAUGAUUUAAACUUGAUUGAUAAAGGGAAUGUUGCAUCUGGAACUAUGCUGCUAACGAAACAGUGUGAAGUAUUUUCGUGUUUGUAUUUUGAUAAUAAAUGGCCUCCCGUUUUUUUAUGAGGAUGAGAGCUGUAGUUCCCGCAGCUUUGAGAUAUGGUCCUCAUAGUUUGGGCAGGAUUUCAGUUUUGCCUGGGUGGGAUCGGACUCUUCAGAAUGGAAACAGACAAACAAAAGAAUCGUUUGCAUUGCUCAUCUCUCACUCUCUCUCGUUCUCACUCUUGUUCUCCAUCUCUUUCCCUACAACCCUCCACCUGCCCCACCACUGCGGAGUUUAAUAAUUUGCUAGGAAUCCUAUUAAAUUAGCUUUGCCUGUA